AUUAAAAUAACAUCAUUUAUGAUAGAUUUAUGUCUUGUUUCAAAAGAUAAAGAUGUAGAAUUCUCUUAGAAACCAGCAGCCAUGUUUGUUCCUUGUCAUAAAUACAGAUGGAGUAUCUAAAAAAGUCUUAUAAAAGUUUACUUAUAUUCUGUAUGAUUUAAUUGAUCUUGAUUGGUGUAAUUAUAAAUGAAGUGAUAAUACAUAUCUGUAUAAAUGGUGCGACAAGUUCGAAAAUCUAAUACAGUGACAUUCAAGAGUUUGUCAUUAAAUGGAUCAUUUUUAUUUUUUAACCGUCGAAGGAAAUUUAUAAAAGAAGGAAAAUGUUAAAUCAAGCUGUAGUCGAAGCUUUAUAUUCUGCAACAUAUAUUGAAAAUUAUUUAGAUUGUGUGGAAAACUUACCAAAUGAUUUACAAAGACAUGUUUCCCGGCUUCGAGAACUUGAUGCCACUUGUCAAACAUAUUUACGGGAAGUAGAUCAACAGCAAGAAGCAUUACGAAAUGAUACAGAUUUGACAGUUAAAAGAAGAGCACUUUUAAGACUUCAACAAGCCUUGAUUGCAGCACAAGAAAUAGGAGAUGAAAAAUUGCAAAUAGUUCAACAAGUUCAAGAUCUUAUUGAAAAUAAAUCCAGACAAUUAGACUUAGAUUAUCGUAAUCUUGAUUUUGGAAAAGAACAAGAAAAUAAUGAAUCAAUCCGUGAAACUAAUGCAAAUGUGACUUCUAAUUCUUCUGGUAAUGCAAAUAAUUCAGAAAGACAACCAAAAAGAGCUAGAAGGACAAGAACAGAAACAAUGGUUGAGUCUUCCAAUACUAUGGAUAUGAUUGUAAUGACAGAAACACGUUCAAAUUCUUUAUCAAAUACAAGUAAUGGUAAUCAAAAGAAAACAACUACUACUAAUACUGGUAAGAAAAAGAAAAGGAAAUCUAGACAAGGUAAUCAGCAAAAUCAACAUCGUGAAGAUACUCCACCACCACCAGAGGAUGAUCUUGCAAUAGAUCCAGAUGAACCAACAUAUUGUCUCUGUGACCAAAUAUCAUAUGGAGAAAUGAUAUUGUGUGAUAAUGACUUAUGCCCUAUAGAAUGGUUCCAUUUUUCAUGUGUUUCAUUAAGUACUAAACCAAAAGGCAAAUGGUUUUGUCCAAAAUGUAGAGGAGACAGACCAAAUGUUAUGAAACCUAAAGCUCAGUUCUUAAAAGAAUUAGAGAGGUAUAACAAAGAAAAAGAAGAAAAAUCGUAGCAGGAGAAAAUUGGUGAGCAAUUUAAAUAUUUUGGAAGACUUAAUUCAAUUUAAAGACAGCUUCUAUAAUAUAUUUUAUUAAAUACUUUCUGAAAUCUUAUUAAGCAGAUUGAUUUGUGAAUUAAUGAAAAAAAUAGUUUCAUAAAAAAAAAACAAAAUUAUUCUGUUAUUAAAUAUGUAAUUGUAUAGAUAUGCGUGUGAACUAUCAUAUAAUCAACUACAGUAGCAGAUAAAUUAUAUUUGUAUAAUAUUGGCUAUUGUAAAUAUUGUGACAAAACUAAAUAAUUACAGUAAAA